AUGCAGGGUGAUGCCUGCAAAAGGUCGAACAGCGGGUCCCCGCUUCCAGACUGGCUGUCAGAAAAUAACUCGCCUGUCAAGGCUCUGGAGCUCCUCAGUGACUCCGAUGAGGUCUUGGAGGUUGCAUCCAGUGACGAUGGGGCUGAGGAAGGAGCCGGUCCCGGGCCUGGGAGUGCAGCAGAGCAGAAAGAGGCACCAAGGAAACGUGGAAGAGCAGCAGCCCCACAGGCCAAGCGAAAUCUGAACAGGGUGCUUCUCAGCAGCGAAAACAGUGACAGCGAUGAUGUAGAAGGUAGCGGGAAGGGGCAACAACCUGCGCGAAAGAGACAGAAAACGAUGGUCGCCACGCAACAGAGCCAACGAUUCUCCAGCCAGGACAGUGCAGGGCCGUCUCAAAAGGCUCCAUCGAGAAAGGCAGCAGGGUCUGGAGGUAAAGCAGCACUGAGGAGAAUACAAGAAGAGGAUGAGCAGCCCGACAACGACGUUGGAGGGGAGGGGACACAGGCUAUUGUGGGCAGUCAGGCGGCCAAAGGCCCCAAAUCGCCUGUGAGCAAAAUUGCUGUGCUGGCUCCUGUUGCUGGAGAGAUCCCUGUGAUGAUGCCUGAGAAGCUGCCUGUCACAAAGUUCAUAGUGGAGCUUGAGGGCGGGAAUGACAGCUCGGUGGACCUGACUGGCGAUGCUGGGGUGGUGGGCCGAUGGCUGGUGGAAGGCGAUGACAGCAAUCCAGAGCUCAGAAUGGACCUCAAGGGCGUUGUGUAUGCCGCCACUACUGUGCCGUGUGCCACCACGCUGUGCGUGGUGAACCUCAGCGCGACGGAGGCGCGUGUGGAGGCUCUAGGGCACCAGUACAUCCAGCUGCGGCCGCUGGGGGCCCUGGGUUCCCCCGGUGAUGACAACGCCGAUGACAACUACUUCAUUUACGACGAUGAUGACAACUACCAAUAUGAGGGAGCUUCGCAGCAUCCAGGGGCGGCGGAUGAUGCAGGCCCAAGCGGCAAAGGGCCCAAGAAAAAGCCCAAGGCAGCUGCAGGCAAGGCAAAGAAGGCUCCUGCCAAGCGCGCUGGAGCUGCAGGCAAGCCUGCCAAGAAGAAGCCUGCCAAGGCAGAGGCUGGAGGGAAGUCCAAGGCAAAGAAAUGA